AUGUCGGACGACUACGACGAUAUCCUCAACUCGCUCGAUGACGAUAACAACUAUUACUCUCUCGAGGGGGACAACUUAUCCCCCUCGCUUCAAGCCUGGUCUAACUCUGCCGACGUUGAAGAGUUUGACCUCGACAGCUUCAACCUUUCUUCUGGCUCUGAUUCAUCAUGGGUUGACCCUUUAGAAUCUGCCAUCACAGCCACCCGCAACGGGUCAGCGGCUGUCCUAAGCACACUUUCGCAAUUCACCGCCAUUCUUUCUCAGACAGGCAUUCAUGGACCCCGUCUCCUCAAAGCGUUCAACCUAACCGCACAUGCUACCAAGAUCGGCGCGGGCGCCCAAUUUACAGUAUACAAGGACCCGAUCUUCGAAGGAGAGGUCAUCAAGCGCGUCAAUGUCUCCCUUCCCAGUAGGACCGAGCAACGCUUUACAGCGAGUAACGACUAUCGCACUCAACUCAAAACUCUGGAGCUGGAGAUUUUAUCUCUUUGCAAUCCUGUGUUGCGCACACAUCCAAACAUUACUAGUCUCGUUGCAUGGGGGUUUGAUUUCCCUUUUGCGAAUUUGGCCGUACCUGUGCUGUUUAUGGAGGCGGCGAUUAUGCCUUUGGGGGACUUUCUCAGCGCUGAGGCUAGGUCAAUUGAUACAAGGUAUCAGUUUGCGUUGGAUAUAGCCAAUGGACUGGAAGCGCUUCAUCACCUCAAAAUAAUUCACGGAGAUAUCAAGCCCGACAACGUGCUUGUGUUUACUGGUCGCAGUGAAAGUGUGCCCUUCCGGGCUAAACUAAGUGACUUUGGUGUCUGUCUUGAUUUGGAAGCUUCUGAUGGACAGUUUUCUCUAACUGACUAUUGUGGCACGAAAGCCUGGUUGGCACCUGAGCGGGAACGUGAAGAUGUCUCAAAGUUUGGAGGAUUUUCGCCGGAUCUGAUGUUCAGAUUUGAUGCAUACAGUUUUGGCCUGGUGCUCUUGUCUUUGUUCACAGGGAAUGGACAGGUGCCAGAUCUGGACAAGACACCCGCAAAGGUCCCGGAUCAGGUAUCAAAGCUGCUCAACAGCCAAAAGGACAUAAACUCAGAUAUGCGUAUGGAGUUGCGCAAGGGUAUCUUGAAUCAUCUCUCCGAAGACCCCAGAGAUCGAAAACUCCCAAGUCCAAAUCUGCUGAAAGUCGACAGCCCUGCAUAUGCGUCCUGGCUUGCAUCAAUACAGUCAAGCUCUGUGGGCACCCACGUUGGCAUCAUUGACCCUGUCUAUAACAAAGGUCCAUUAUUUUGGUACAGACUCGAUCAAAGCAUUCGCACUGAGCUCGAGACACAGUAUGCGCUCAGCAAAGAUGGCAAUGCCCCUCCAUUCGGAGGCAAUGUUCUUUUUGGAAUUGCACAAACCAUCACCGGUGCGAAGCCAUCAUAUCUUGACCGUUUAUUGAUGUAUAUGGGGGAUGCAGCGAGAGGGGGAUUCUCACCUGCUAGAGCUAUAUAUGCACAAAUCAUGGAGGCGCAUAAUCAACCACUCGAGUUCAGCGAAGAAGAGUUGAAGAAAUGGACGUUGCAAGCUGUCUCUGAAGGUUUUUUCUUUGAAGGUUCCCGAUACGGACAGAAGGAAAUUGAGGAAUCAAGAGACAAGUUCAGGAAGCAGGGUGGAUUUUGCUCAGAUCCAUUCUUGGCCAAGAAGGAUGUCAAAGCAGCUAUGAGCGCCGAAAAGGCAAUGGAGUGGGUAUCUAAGAAUGGCAUUGUGGUUGACCGCAAAGGAAACACAAUACUGCAUGUUGCCUCGGCUUUGGGCGCGACUGAUGUUGUCCAAGAGCUACUGGACUCGGCGAAAGUAGCAGUGGACGUGGAAAAUGAUGAAGCUGAGACAUCCCUAUACAAGGCGUUCCAGGCCGGCCAUACAGAUGUUAUCGAGCUCCUACUUGAACAUGGUGCAAGCGCGCGUACCAGGACUCGACAGAAUAUCACUCCCUUGCAUUGGCUGUUCAUGCUUCCGGAUCAUUUAAUUGAUCGUAUUGCGAAAUUGAUGGUCGAAGGAGGGGCUGAUGUCAAUGCUGUCAUCGAGCCCGUCGUAAAGGAAAACAGCGGUGGAUAUCCAGAAAAGAUUCAGAUAUUCCACUAUCCGUUUGAACUUCCCCAUGGCACACCGUUUCAUUGGGCAUGUUUCUUCCGACACACGGCAGCUAUGGACGCUCUUCUUUCCCUCGGAGCGAACAUAAACGCAUUCUAUCACGGUUCUGAUGCUUCAUCGACACCACUUGCGUUGACGGCAUAUUUUGGUGAGCCCGAGAUAGCCAGUUACUUGAUAUCUCAUGGUGCGGACGGCACUCUGGUUGAUUCGAACGGACGAAACACUCUGCAUGGGAUCACCAAAUACUUCCCCGACAAGCAUGGCUACCUACCUCAUCACUGGCAUUAUUGGAUCCGUCAUGGGCCUUGGGAGAAGCAUUUGACCCAGAUGUCACAGUUGGUUCAACUUUUGAUCAAGGCCGGAGCAGACAUGGAUGUCAAAGACAAGGUUUACCCUCGCUUAAGUCCCAUGGCCGCAGCCGCCGAUCUGGGAGUAUGGGAUGGUGGAAUGAUAUGCGCACUGUUAGACGCAGGAGCUGAUCUCGGAAUAUCGAUUAUAUCUGGCGGCGGGGGUACAGUGCUCCAUGGUUGGGUCUCUACCGUGGGACCCCGUCUGGAUUAUCCCGAGUCCUACCUGCCGACUCUCAAAAAGCUCGUGCAGGCUAUGCCAAACAUAAACAUCAGUAACGAAUUUCAAGGAGACACCCCGCUUCACUUGCUAGCAACGAUUUAUCACCCAGAGGAUGAAUUCGAGGCAGCAUGUGAGAUUUUACUCAAUCACGCAACACCAGCAGACAUCAACGCAAAGGCCCGUCGUGGAGAAACUCCACUCUCCAUAGCCUUAGAGACAAAUCUCGAUCCAGCCCGCCGAGGCCAAUUCCUACUUGACAAGGGCGCAGAUCCCCUCAUCCUCCAUGCCUGGGAACGAGACAUCUUCUAUUCAAUUGCCAAUAACGUCGUUUUCACCGACCAAGCCAGUUGCGAUCUAAUCCAAACCUUCCUCCUCCAACUAAACUCCGACAUCAAACAAGCCUACAAAGAGCACUAUCUCUCUAACACAAACAGCCACGAAACCCUCAUCGCGGCCGCAAGCCGCGGAAAACCACUAACAGUGAAACUCUUCCUCUCCAUAGGCCUCACCAGUCAAAUCAACAGACCCGAUACAUCAAAAACCCCACCCUGGACAGCCCUAGAUCAAGCCCUGCACUCCGCAGAAAUCGGUCGUCGUAUGCACAUCCAACACCUAGCAUCUUACAAAGCUGGCGCAGCUCGGACGAAUGCACUCGAAUCUGAUCUUGUUUACGAUCCGAGUCAAGGUCCGCCAGCGCGGGCGGCGGAAUCGUACAGGGGUUUCCCGGAGGUUAUACGGAUUCUGCGAGAUGCGGGGGCGAAGCGGACUUGUGAGAUUGAGAGGAUGUCAAAUGGAGAUUAUAUUAGCCAGCCGAGGGAGUGGGAUGAGGAGGAGAUUCAGCAGUAUGGGUUUACUCCGGAGACGCAGCCUAAUCUUGAGGCUUGGAAAGAGUUGUAUGACUUGGCUAGAUACAGUGGGCGAGGCUGGUUGGGUAAGCUGACUGGUGGAAAAUUCGGUAUUUAA